AUGCACGGUACCCUUCACGAACACGACUGGGUAUUCUGGCAUGAUGCCCUAUCUCAAAUGACUUGCCGGUCAACCCUCGAGUGGAUGAAAUCAAAGGAUUACUUACGUCGGUGGGUCCUACCGGAACAAAACUUGAACGCCGGUACUGCUUUUUCUGGGCGGCCGGUCGGCAACAGCCCAGAGUUGAUGUGCUGGGACUGCUCCCUUAUCAAGGAUGUGGACAAUGCGUUUAUACGUCACAAAGCGUGGACUAUGCACUUACCUCGUGGAUCGCCAACCAAGUUCUGCUCGUCAACGCCCAAGCGGUUGGAAGAGUCCUACCUGCGGUUAAUGGACCCAUGUCAUGGUCAUGACGCUGGUGUUCCUACAAGUGACCGCAUCAUCCACGACGCCGAGAAAUGUUUCGGAGAUCACCUGAUGGCCGUGAUCAAUGCACAAGGAGCAGUUGUCCACGGCCUUGGAAACCGAAAUGGCAAGCGUCGCGAGUCAGGGAACGGUGGCCAUGGUGGAAAGCGGGAGAAGGCUUCGGACGUAGUCGGACACUGGCUGCACCCAGAUGCUGAAGCAGGGCUUGUCGACCAACUUGGAUUGGUGACUCGUGCAAUCGAGUUAUCAAAAUGCACUGUCGAUGUUGCAGUGGUGUAG